CAUCCGCCUAAAAUGGGGUGAUCGGGCCGCCGGUAUAGCGGUGUCGUAUUGCCGGUAUAAAAAGCGACGAGGCGCCCCGCCGCCGGUCAGAACGGCUUCUAAACGAAGGCUCCAGGGCUCUGUUCUCGUGUCUCGACUAGCCCAAAGUCUCGUUAGCCCUCCGAAAUGCCGAAGCCAAUUGUUCAAGAGGGCGAGGACCCCGAUCCGACCCCAUACCUGUUCGUGUCACUCGAACAAAAGCGUAUCGACCAGAGCAAGCCCUACGAUGGUAAGAAGGCUUGCUGGGUGCCGGACGAGAAGGAGGGCUUCGUACAGGGUGAAAUUAAGGCCACCAAGGGCGACCUGGUGACCGUCAACCUCCCUGGAGGCGAGACCAAAGACUUCAAGAAGGACCUUGUAUCUCAAGUCAACCCGCCUAAAUACGAAAAAUGUGAGGAUAUGUCCAACUUGACAUACCUCAACGACGCUUCGGUUUUGUAUAACUUGAAGCAGAGAUAUUACCAUAAGCUCAUUUACACUUACUCGGGUCUCUUCUGUGUGGCUAUCAACCCUUACAAGAGGUUCCCCGUGUACACGACACGAUGCGCCAAGCUGUACCGUGGCAAGCGUCGUUCGGAAGUGCCGCCCCACAUUUUCGCCAUUUCCGACGGUGCCUACGUCAACAUGUUAACCAACCACGAGAAUCAAUCUAUGUUGAUUACCGGUGAGUCUGGUGCUGGUAAGACUGAGAACACGAAGAAGGUAAUUGCGUACUUCGCCACCGUUGGUGCCUCCCAGAAGAAGGACCCCAGCCAGGAGAAGAAGGGCUCCCUGGAAGACCAGGUCGUGCAAACUAACCCUGUACUUGAAGCCUUCGGUAACGCCAAGACCGUCCGUAACGACAACUCUUCCCGUUUCGGUAAAUUCAUCCGCAUCCACUUCGGCCCCUCUGGAAAACUGGCUGGUGCUGACAUUGAAACUUAUCUGCUGGAGAAGGCCCGUGUCAUCUCCCAACAGGCUCUUGAGCGUUCCUACCACAUCUUCUACCAGAUGAUGUCUGGCUCCGUCCCCGGACUUAAGGACAUGUGUUUGCUGUCAAACGACGUAUAUGAUUAUCACAUCGUAUCACAAGGAAAAACUACAAUCCCCAACGUUGAUGAUGGAGAGGAAUGUACUUUGACCGACCAAGCCUUCGACAUCCUUGGUUUCACCCAAGAAGAGAAGGACAACGUAUACAAGAUCACCGCCGCUGUCAUGCACAUGGGUUGCAUGAAGUUCAAGCAGAGGGGUCGUGAGGAACAGGCUGAGGCCGAUGGUACUGAGGAAGGUGAACGUGUUGCCAAGCUCCUCGGUGUCGACUGCCCCGACCUAUACAAGAACUUGUUGAAGCCCCGCAUCAAGGUCGGAAACGAGUUCGUGACCCAGGGUCGUAACAAGGACCAGGUCACCAACUCCGUCGGUGCCCUCUGCAAGGGUGUCUUCGACCGUCUCUUCAAGUGGCUGGUCAAGAAGUGUAACGAGACUCUGGACACCAAGCAAAAGAGACAGCACUUCAUUGGUGUACUGGAUAUUGCUGGUUUCGAAAUCUUCGACUUCAAUGGUUUUGAACAACUCUGCAUUAAUUUCACCAACGAGAAACUGCAGCAGUUCUUUAACCACCAUAUGUUCGUACUGGAACAAGAAGAAUACCAGCGCGAAGGCAUCGAGUGGACUUUCAUUGACUUUGGCAUGGAUCUCCAACAUUGCAUUGACCUUAUUGAAAAGCCCAUGGGUAUCCUCUCCAUCCUUGAGGAAGAGUCUAUGUUCCCCAAAGCCACCGACCAGACCUUCGUUGAGAAGUUGAACAACAACCACUUGGGCAAGUCUGCUCCUUACCUGAAGCCCAAGCCCCCCAAGCCCGGUUGCCAAGCCGCUCACUUCGCCAUUGGUCACUACGCCGGUAAUGUCGGUUACAACAUCACCGGAUGGCUGGAGAAGAACAAGGACCCCCUUAACGACACCGUGGUUGACCAGUUCAAGAAGGGAUCCAACAAACUGUUGGUUGAGAUCUUCGCUGACCACCCUGGUCAAUCUGGUGAUGGUGGUGCUGCUGCUGGUGGCAAGGGCGGUCGCGGUAAGAAGGGCGGUGGUUUCGCUACUGUCUCCUCUGCUUACAGGGAGCAACUUAACAACUUGAUGACCACUCUGAGAUCCACCCAACCUCACUUCGUACGUUGUAUCAUCCCCAACGAGUUGAAGCAGGCUGGUCUCAUCGAUUCCCACCUUGUGAUGCACCAGCUCACCUGUAACGGUGUGCUUGAGGGUAUCCGUAUUUGCCGUAAAGGUUUCCCCAACAGGAUGGUCUACCCUGACUUCAAGCUCCGAUACAAAAUUCUGUGCCCGAACCUGAUUAAAGAGCCUAUGUCACCGGAGAAAGCCACCGAGAAAAUUCUCGAACAAACCGGCUUGGAUUCGGAGUCUUUCAGGCUCGGAAAGACAAAGGUAUUCUUCCGCGCCGGUGUCUUGGGUCAGAUGGAAGAGUUACGUGACGACAGGUUGUCCAAGAUUGUGUCUUGGCUCCAGUCUUACAUCCGUGGUUACUUGUCCCGCAAGGAGUACAAGAGGCUGCAGGAACAGAGAAUCGCUCUCCAAGUUGUCCAGCGCAACUUGCGCAAGUACUUGCAGCUCCGCACCUGGCCAUGGUGGAAACUGUGGCAGAAGGUCAAGCCCCUUCUCAACGUCACCCGUAUCGAGGAUGAGAUCGCGAAACUCGAGGAGAAGGCACAGAAGGCCCAGGAGGCUUUCGAGAAGGAAGAGAAACUCCGCAAGGAAGUUGAGGCCCUCAACGCCAAGCUCCUUGAGGAGAAGCAAGCUCUUCUGGCUAACCUCGAGGGAGAGAAGGGAACCCUAUCUGAAAUUCAGGACCGCGCCAACAAACUCCAAGCGCAAAAGUCCGACCUCGAGAACCAACUUAGGGACACUCAAGACCGCCUCACUCAAGAAGAGGAUGCCCGCAACCAACUCUUCCAAGCUAAGAAGAAGUUGGAGCAGGAAAUCUCUGGCCUCAAGAAGGAUGUCGAGGACCUCGAACUUUCCGUCCAGAAGUCUGAACAAGACAAGGCCACCAAGGACCAUCAAAUCCGCAACUUGAACGAUGAGAUCGCCCACCAGGACGAACUCAUCAACAAGUUGAACAAGGAGAAGAAGUUGCAGGGUGAGAGCAACCAGAAGACUUCUGAGGAGCUCCAAGCUGCCGAGGACAAGGUCAACCACCUCAACAAGGUCAAGCAAAAGCUCGAGCAGACCCUCGACGAGCUUGAGGACUCCUUGGAGCGUGAGAAGAAACUCCGCGGUGACGUCGAGAAGCAGAGGAGGAAGGUUGAGGGUGACCUCAAGCUUACCCAGGAAGCCGUCGCCGACCUCGAGCGCAACAAGAAGGAACUCGAACAGACCAUCCAACGCAAGGACAAGGAAAUCUCAUCUCUCACCGCCAAGCUCGAAGACGAACAAUCUCUGGUCAGCAAGCUCCAGAAACAGAUCAAGGAACUGCAAGCCCGUAUCGAAGAAUUGGAAGAGGAAGUCGAAUCCGAACGCCAGGCCCGCGCUAAGGCUGAGAAGCAACGCGCAGACCUCGCCCGCGAGCUCGAAGAGUUGGGUGAGCGUCUUGAGGAGGCCGGUGGUGCCACCUCCGCUCAGAUUGAGCUGAACAAGAAGCGUGAGGCUGAGCUUAGCAAGCUCCGCCGCGACUUGGAAGAGGCCAACAUCCAACACGAGUCCACCCUCGCCAACCUCCGCAAGAAGCACAACGAUGCCGUCGCUGAGAUGGGUGAGCAGCUCGACCAGCUCAACAAGCUUAAGGCUAAGGCUGAGAAAGAGCGCUCUCAAUACUUUAGCGAAGUCAAUGACCUUCGUGCCGGUCUCGACCACUUGUCCAACGAAAAGGCUGCCCAGGAGAAGAUCGUCAAGCAACUUCAACACCAACUCAACGAAGUCCAGAGCAAGGCUGAUGAGGCUAACCGCACUCUUAACGACCUUGACGCUGCCAAGAAGAAGCUGUCCAUCGAGAACUCUGACCUGCUCCGCCAAUUGGAGGAGGCUGAGUCCCAAGUAUCACAGCUGUCCAAGAUCAAGGUGUCCCUCACCACCCAAUUGGAGGACACCAAGAGGCUUGCCGACGAAGAAGCAAGGGAACGCGCUACCCUUCUUGGCAAGUUCCGCAACUUGGAACACGACCUGGACAACAUCCGCGAACAAGUGGAAGAGGAAGCUGAAGGCAAGGCUGAUCUCCAGCGCCAACUCUCGAAGGCCAACGCCGAGGCCCAAUUGUGGCGCUCCAAGUACGAGUCCGAGGGUGUUGCUCGCUCCGAGGAACUCGAGGAGGCCAAGCGCAAGCUCCAGGCCCGCCUUGCCGAAGCCGAGGAGACCAUUGAAUCCCUCAACCAGAAGGUUGUUGCUCUCGAAAAGACCAAGCAACGCCUUGCUACUGAAGUCGAGGACUUGCAACUCGAGGUCGACAGAGCCACCGCUAUCGCUAACGCCGCUGAAAAGAAACAGAAGGCGUUCGACAAGAUCAUUGGUGAAUGGAAACUCAAGGUUGACGACCUCGCUGCUGAACUUGACGCCAGCCAGAAGGAAUGCCGCAACUACUCAACUGAAUUGUUCCGCCUUAAGGGUGCCUACGAGGAAGGUCAAGAACAACUCGAGGCUGUCCGCCGUGAAAACAAGAACCUCGCUGAUGAAGUCAAGGACUUGCUUGACCAGAUCGGUGAAGGUGGCCGCAACAUCCAUGAAAUCGAGAAGGCUAGGAAGCGCCUUGAAGCCGAGAAGGACGAGCUCCAGGCCGCUCUUGAAGAGGCUGAGGCUGCUCUUGAACAAGAAGAAAACAAGGUCCUGCGUGCUCAACUCGAGCUGUCUCAGGUCAGACAAGAAAUCGACAGGAGGAUCCAAGAGAAGGAAGAGGAAUUCGAAAAAUCUCGUACUCUUCUGGAACAGGCCGACCGUGCCCGCCGCCAAGCUGAACAGGAACUUGGUGACGCCCACGAACAGCUCAACGAACUGUCCGCCCAGAGCGCUUCUCUGUCCGCUGCCAAGAGGAAACUUGAAUCCGAGUUGCAGACCCUGCACUCUGACCUCGACGAGCUCCUCAAUGAGGCUAAGAACUCUGAGGAGAAGGCGAAGAAGGCCAUGGUUGACGCUGCCAGACUGGCUGACGAACUCCGUGCUGAACAAGAACACGCUCAGACCCAGGAGAAACUCCGCAAGGCCCUUGAACAACAAAUCAAGGAACUGCAAGUCAGGCUCGACGAGGCUGAGGCCAACGCACUCAAGGGAGGCAAGAAGGCCAUCCAGAAACUCGAACAGAGGGUACGAGAACUCGAAAACGAGUUGGACGGUGAACAGAGGAGACACGCUGACGCCCAGAAGAACCUCCGCAAGGCCGAGAGGCGCAUCAAGGAAUUGACGUUCCAGGCUGAGGAGGACCGCAAGAACCACGAGCGUAUGCAAGACCUCGUUGACAAGCUGCAACAGAAGAUCAAGACAUACAAGAGGCAGAUCGAGGAAGCCGAAGAAAUCGCCGCCCUCAACUUGGCUAAGUUCCGCAAGGCACAGCAAGAGUUGGAGGAGGCUGAGGAGAGGGCAGACCUCGCCGAGCAGGCCAUCAGCAAAUUCCGCGGCAAGGGACGUGCGGGAUCCGCUGCGAGAGGAGUCAGUCCGGCGCCCCCACGUUCGCGCCCCGCCCUUGACGGUUUCGGCACCUUCCCACCAAGGUUCGAUCUGGCGCCCGAAGAUUUCUAAACGUUCCAAUAAACAAAGAAUAAACGGACUGUAAAUGUUUACAAUAACACCAGUGUAUUCGCGUGAACGAUGUACUGUUAGGACUUGUAAAGAACAAAAA